CGGAAGUGACGCACGCUUUGUCCGCGGAAGGGGAAGUCGCGGAAGAGGGGUGGUUAUUCCGUACAGAGGUCCGCGAGGUGUGACUGUACGGAUGAAAUAGCAGCUCGCAACCGGCACGGAGAGCCGCUCCUGAGUCUCUCCUGGCCAUGGGCCCGCGGAACCGCGAGCGUCGAGUGGGGGCAGUACAGAACACCAACGACAGCAGCGCCCUCAGCAAGAGUUCCUUGGCCGCGCGCGGGUACGUGCGGGACGCUUUCGCCGCGUUGCUGGUCCCGGGGACCACCCGCCGAGCGCCGCUCAUCCACCGCGGUUACUACGUCCGCGCACGCGCCGUGCGGCACUGCGUGCGCGCCUUCUUGGAGCAGACGUGCGCGCUCCCCGGUGCGCCGCUGGCUCAGAUUGUGUCUCUAGGCGCGGGGUCGGACUCGCUGUAUUUUCGCCUCAAAACCGCGGGUCGCUUGACCCGGGCAGCGGUUUGGGAGGUGGAUUUCCCGGAUGUAGCGCGGCGCAAAGCAGAGAGGAUUCGAGAUACGCCAGAAUUGUGCGCGUUAACUGGGCCUUUGCAGAAGGGGGACCCCGCGUCAGCGCUGUUGUUUGAGUGUUUGGACUACCGCAUCUUGGGCUUGGACCUGCGGCAGCUCCAGCGAUUGGACGAGGCCCUGGCCGCCGCGGGCCUUGACGCGGCUGCACCCACUCUCCUCCUAGCAGAGGCCGUGCUAACCUACCUGGAGCCCGAGAGCGCCGCAGCCCUCAUCGCCUGGGCAGCCCGGCGUUUUUCUAAUGCCCUUUUCGUGAUCUAUGAGCAGAUGAAGCCAUGUGACGCCUUUGGCCAGUUCAUGCAGCAACAUUUUCGGCAGCUGAAUUCUCCCCUGCACGGCCUGGACAGCUUUCCCGACGUGGAGGCUCAACGGCGCCGCUUCCUUCAAGCUGGCUGGACAGCUUGCAGUGCCAUGGACAUGAAUGAAUUCUAUCGCCGCUUUCUCCCUGCAGAAGAACGCCAGCGGAUAGAAAAUCUUGAACCCUUUGAUGAAUUUGAGGAGUGGCAUCUGAAGUGUGCCCACUAUUUCAUUCUGGCAGCUUCUAAGGGAGACGCCCUCUCCCAAACCCUGGUGUUUCCACCCACAGAGGCGUUUCUUUGGGUAGAUCUUGCUUCGCCUUCAGGGGUCUUCCCUGCCAGGGUAGUCAUGAGUGACAGCCAGGGCCCUAACCUUAAGAGAUACGGCCAUGCGUCUGCCCUGUUGAGCCCCGGCGUUAUUCUCAGUGCAGGAGGCUUUGGAGAGCAGGGGGGGCAGCACUGCCGGGUGAGCAAGUUUCACUUGCUUUUAAGGUAUUGUGACUUUGGGUGGAAAGGCAGCCAGAUAUGCAGUUGGGGCCCUGGAGCCAAGUGGGAUGGACGUCUGUAUCACACCAUGACAAGACUUUCAGACACUCAGGUUCUGGUUCUGGGCGGGAGACUGUCCCCAGUGACUCCAGCCUUGGGAAUUCUCCAGCUUUGUGUUUGUAAGAGAGAGGAUAAUGGCACUGAGGACCUGAAGGUGACAGUAACCAAGGCCGGCCCAGAAGAAGAUUCCACUUUGUCACGUUGGCGGCAUUCAACAACAGAAGUGUCCUAUCAGAAUCAGAAAUACUUGUUUGUGUAUGGAGGUCGAAGUGUGAUGGAACCUGUACUAAGUGAUUGGCAUUUCCUACAUGUGGGGACAAUGGCUUGGGUCGGGAUCCCAGUGGAAGGUGAGGUACCUGAAGCUCGGCAUUCCCACAGUGCCUGCAGUUGGCAAGGGGGAGCUCUUCUUGCUGGAGGUCUGGGGGCUUCUGAGGAGCCGUUGAGCUCUGUUCUCUUUCUGAAACCAAUCUCUUGUGGAUUCCUUUGGGAAUCAAUGGACAUCAAGCCUCCUGUUACCCCAAGGUACUCCCACACAGCUCAUGUACUCAAUGGGAAGCUUCUACUGGUUGGAGGAGUCUGGAUUCAUUCUUCCUCAGUUCCUGGAGUGACUGUUAUUGAUUUGACUACAGGACUGAGCUCUGAGUAUCAGAUUGACGUAACAUGUGUGCCAUGGCCAUUAAUGCUACACAACCAUACCAGCAUCCUCCUUCCUGAAGAGCAGCAGCUCCUGAUCCUUGGAGGUGGUGGGAACUGCUUUUCCUUUGGCACCUACUUCAACCCCUGUACACUGACAUUAGACCUUUCUUCCCUAAGUGCUGAGCAGUAAGCACUGGACGCUUGAUAUAUUCAGAACCCACUAAAGUAGACAGUAAAUGUUUCCACAAAUAGCAUUUGACCCUGCCUGUAGAUAUUGCCUUUUUUUCCCCUUAGCAUUGCCACCCAGUGCAUAAAGUGAUGGAGUUUAUUGUUAAAACACAUACCAACAAUCAGAUGGUGAAAGGAAAAAAAAACAAGGUCCAAUCUGAAGACAGUGGCCAUAUAGUCCUAGAGUAGGAAUUUGUCAUACUGUCCUAGAGUGGUAGGCUUUGGAUUCAUUGAUCUUCCUCCUGUUUUCCAAGUAAAGUUUAGCUGUUUAUUGAGUUAAAAUGGCCUUUAUCCUGAAUCAAAUAAAAUUUUUCCUAUCCCAGGCUUUGUGAUUUUCAAUGGUACCUUGGAAAAAGUUUCACACAGAUUCUUGAAGGAUGUAAUAUGGUUGAUAGAUGAAAGGUUAAGUACAGUAGAAGGGACAUGGCAUUGACCUAACUAUGUCUGUAACCUGAAACGAGUGCAGUUGCAGUUUAAUUGAAGCAUAUGCUGUAUAGUGCAACAGAGAGCUCCAGGGUAGCUUUAACAACAAACAUUUGUAGCGCUUUAUUGAAAAGCAUGCUUUUGAUCCAUUUCUUGCCACUGGUUCCACAUUUAUUUAGAUUUAUAACUGCCUAUAAUCCAAACAUUUAAUGCUUCAACUCAUUUUGUGCAUGGUAUGAUAUUUUGCUCCAGAUCUGCUCUCUGUCUUUCUCCAUCAUUCUGUGCAGAAUGCUGACCUUUGUGGACUGCACCAGUGAGCUGUCUUCUCUUAGUUUCUGGUUGAAUUCCACCAGUUGGAGACACCAGGGGAGAUGGGAGGACAGGAAGAGGGAGUCAGGGUAUUAUUCCCAGCUCUUCCCUUGCCAGUCUGCAGGUUGGCAGUGGCUGCGAUCUGUCAAAGUCCAUAGGUCCUGUCAUGUAGCCUUUUCUUAUACGCUAUAGCAGUGGCUCUAAUUCUGCAUCUCUCUGGGCUCUGGUAAUUCUUUUCUCUCUUUAUCUCUUUAGGCCAGGGGUAGUAAUAGCUCUUUGUUAGACUUGAGCUGCACUGUUCAAUACCAUAGUCAUUAGCUACAUGCAGCUAUUAAGAUUCAAGAAUUCAGUGGCUUAGUCACACUAAGCACAUUUCAAGUGCUCACAUGUGGCUACUGCAUUAGACAAUAUAGAUGUAGAACAUGUUCAUCAUUGCAGAAAAAUCUAUUGGAUAUUGUUGAAGUAUUUCAUCAUCUCUACUUGGUUUCCCUUUACCCUGCCCACCCCUUUUAAUUGGUAUCUUCAUUAAGCUGUCCUCAGUUAUCCCCUUUAAAUGGACUAUCUAUUGGUAGGCCUUGGGGGAUCAAUGAAAUAUCUUAGAUGUUCAUCCUUAAAAAUUUGGAGCCUUAAUUUGUGAUCUAAAUUGUAUAUACCUUGUGAAAGUCUUGUGUUUCAAAAGGUAGUGGCGUUGGUACUCAGUGAACCACCUUAGUAUUUAUUAGUCUGCAAUCUUUGCAACCUUAGGGAAUGGUAUCUUGAGAUUUUACAGGUACUUAAAUGAUUAUUAACUAUCAAUGUUAACAUCUUGAUGGACUUAGUACGGCACAAAAUCCAUUUUCUCUAAAUAUUCUUAUUAACAACUGUUUACAUAUAACUGAAGGAGCCCUGGUGGCACAAUGCUUAAGCGCUCAGCUGCUAACUGAAAGGUCAGCAAUUCGAACCCACUAAGUGCUAUGCUUGAGACAAGACCUGGUGGUCUGCUCCCAUAAAAAUUUACAGCCUAGGAGACCCUGUGGGACAGUUCUCCUCUGUCCUGUAGGGUGUCUAUGAGUAGGAAUUGACUCGAUGCCACACAACACCACCACAUAUAAAUGAAUGUGAAAGGUGAUUAAUACAAAAAGUGAAUAGCAAACACAAACCCAAGUGUAAGGAGAGGGUAAUGUUGCCUCUCUUAGGUGAAGGCU